CUCAAUCCUUCUUCCCGCGAUGUCACACUGCACAGAGCAACCACUUUCUCUCCUUCGCUCGCUAAUCCAAGCUAGAAGUUUCAGCGACUCGACACUUCAAUUCCUUGGAUCGCUUUUGGUCUCCAAGGAUGUGAAAUCGCUGAUUGAAGUCCGUUCUGAGGUUACGCAACUCCUCAGAUCUGAAUCCAUCUCCGUUCUCCUUUCUAUCUCCGACAAAACCGUUCACGAGAAGCUUCUCGUCCUUGAAUUUUUCGUCCGUGCUUUCGCACUCGUCGGCGAUCAUGAGAGUUGCUUGGCCUUGAGGUACGAGGCUUUAGUUAUGAGAGAAACGAAGUCCUCCAAAUAUCAAUGGCUUCGAGUUACGCCUUUGGAAUGGUUGCGCUUUGUGGAGGAUGCGCUGAAUAAUGGUUUUCAUUCUGUUGCAGAGAAGGCAUGUGAAAAUGCAUUGUCAUAUCACGGGAAUAAUGAUGUUCUAAAGCCUGGACCAGACGCAUUUACUGAAAAUCUGAAUGCUAUUAGCGAGAUUACAAGGCUCAGAAACCGUGCAAUGACAUUGGUAGCUUCACGAUCUGUUCAGGUGCAAGCAGAAGAGUACCUUAGAAGGAAAACAAGCGAGCAGAAAAUGUCAGGUUUAUCCUACAAAGAAAAAAGAUGUCCGGCAAGCACUGCGUUCAGAAAUGGAAUUAAAAGACAGAAUUUGCGAAGGUUGUACCAACACCAAAGUCUUCUGAAGAUCAAUGAUGAAUUAGAUGGAUCACAUCUAAAUUUGAGGUUGGUCAUAGCAAACAAAACAUGUUGAAAAUAGAUGGUACUAACCACAUUGGGGACUGAAAUCCAUAUGCACAAGCCAUUGAAAUUGAAUUUCAGGACAGUUGUGCUUCUCACAUAUCAAGUAAAUUUUCUGUCUCUAUGUUGCCUCAUUUGUCAAACUGCACUUCCAAUUCCUUUCCCUCGGCUUACACUCGGUCAGAUUUGGAGGUCUUACAAAAUAAUUAAUACAUGUAUAUGCAGGAGCAUUGCAAUAACAUGACCAUGCAUGAUUUGCAGCUGCCCAAUAAUUUUCUGUUGCUGCUACUGCGGCGUUGCACCAAAGAAUGCAUCUUUGCUCCUUAUUUUCCUUCUGAUGAUCCUCGCAAGUUUGCCAUUGUGCACAAAGUCUUUGGCGCUAGCAAUGUCAGCAAAAUGCUUCAGGAACUUCCAAUUGAUCAAAGAGGAGAUGCUGUAAGCAGUUUAGUUUAUGAGGCAACUGCAAGAGUGAGAGACCCUGUGUAUGGUUGUGUUGGAGCAAUAUCAUACCU